GGAAAAACAAGGCAGCGAGGCUCGGAGAAGACUUUUCGUUUGGUUGGAACGGGAGAUACUUAAAAGGGAAAUGAAGAGAAAGAGACGGACGGAUAUUCACUAGGUGGAGGUGACCAAAGAGUACAUGACAAUUUACAGUGCCCAUCGAGGUAAAUCGGUUUAAUGGGCAGACACAAAUCUUCAAAGUUUGACUUGGGCAUCUGCUAGUUUUUGUUAUUUGCUUUCGUAUAUACAUAUAUUUGACAUAUAUAGUUAUACACUAUACAUACUGCGAGAUACAUAGGCCAGUGUGAAAAGUGGGGGUUACAGAGCUCUAGUUGAGGAUCCGAUUUUAUGGAUAUUGGAGAGAUGCUUGUUUGACUCGUGUCUUUCCUGGAAUGAGGAUCGCGUAAGUGGGUAUUGCAGUUUGCAGGCAGUGGGGUUGUGGUGGAAGUUUAUGCAUUUUUGAAAGCUAGGGUUUGCAGAAGGGAGAUCUGGGGCAGUGUUGAGUUAGGUUAGGGUUUUGGUAGUUGGUGAGUUAUUGGAUUACAAGGCAAAGGUGGUUUUGGAUCAGUAGGCUUUUGAUCAGACAUGCCUUCCUAUUCCGAUUUGGAUAGGCAAAUAGAGCAGCUGUUAGACUGCAAGCCCCUGACGGAGGGGGAGGUAAAGAACUUGUGCGAGCAGGCAAGGGCGAUUCUCGUGGAGGAAUGGAAUGUGCAGCCUGUCAAGUGUCCAGUCACUGUUUGUGGAGACAUUCAUGGGCAGUUCCAUGAUUUGUUGGAGCUGUUUCGGAUAGGCGGGAAGGCUCCUGACACCAAUUACUUGUUCAUGGGUGAUUAUGUGGAUCGAGGAUACUAUUCUGUGGAGACAGUGACACUGCUAGUUGCUCUCAAGGUUCGCUAUAGGGACAGAAUUACCAUUUUGCGAGGAAACCAUGAAAGUCGCCAAAUUACCCAAGUCUAUGGCUUUUAUGAUGAAUGCUUGAGAAAAUAUGGCAAUGCAAAUGUGUGGAAAUUUUUUACAGAUCUCUUUGAUUACCUUCCUCUGACAGCUCUCAUUGAAAGUCAGAUCUUUUGCUUGCAUGGUGGUCUCUCCCCAUCAUUGGAUACACUUGAUAACAUUCGUUCCUUGGAUCGCAUUCAAGAAGUGCCACAUGAAGGCCCCAUGUGUGAUCUACUUUGGUCAGACCCAGAUGAUCGUUGUGGUUGGGGGAUAUCACCCAGAGGGGCUGGAUACACAUUUGGGCAGGAUAUAGCUGCACAGUUCAAUCAUACCAAUGGUUUGAGUCUGGUAUCCAGAGCACACCAGCUUGUUAUGGAGGGUUUCAAUUGGUGCCAGGAAAAAAAUGUGGUUACUGUGUUUAGUGCCCCAAACUACUGCUAUCGUUGUGGGAACAUGGCUGCCAUCAUGGAGGUUAGUGAGAGCAUGGAACAAAAUUUUAUUCAGUUCGAGCCUGCACCUCGUCAGUUUGAACCAGAUGCUACACGGAAGACUCCAGAUUACUUUUUGUAAUCUUUAUUAUUUGGGAUUAUUGGAAUUUCCUUUUGAUCUGUAAAUUUUUCAGUCUCAAGAAACUUUUGUUUUAGAAAUUGAGAGCAUUCUUUAUUUGGAGUGGCAAUUGUUUCCUUUUGCUAAGGAACGUUUAGAUUUUCACCCAUCCAUAAUAUAUAGAAUUUAGAUAAAAAGGGAUAAAUGUAUGAGCUGCAAUGUUUACUUUUUGUAAAGCCUAAGGGAGUGAUUAGAAAGAAAAGCCUUUUUUAUUGGAGUGUAAAUAAGAGAUUUUGGAUCUGUCAGGUGUCAGAAGUUUUUAUUGUUCUCAGAAGCCUUUGGUGGUCUUGGAAUAAAUGUAAGGAAGAGGAGAAAGGAGAACUAUUUAUCGUAUGGACCCCCAAAAAUUAUGCAAUACAACUAUUGGUACCAAGCCCGAUGAAAAUCCAUUGGCUUUUGGAUGUCUUUGGCACAUUUUUCUAAAGUUUGUGUUUCCUCCACAACUGCACCACUCCCAUCUGCAUACAGCUUGUAGUUUCUUUGAUCCUGAAUGUCACCAGUUCUUACAAAUUUUAUGUUUUAAGCAAUUGGGAUGAUUGCUGCUUGACUGGACUGGCUUUAGAGCGUUCUUAAAGUUGGGCACACAACAUUUCUAUUGUGAGCAUAAUCUUCAAAAGUGUGCUUAAAGGGGACAUAUUUUGCUUUCCGGAGGUUCACAGUAGAGUAGAUGCUCUGGAAAUAUUUGUUAUGUUACAUCAUAUGUGCUGGAAAUUGCCCUGAUAAGAUUAUCAGUUUUCAUGAAAGAGUAGAUGUAGGAAGAAAUAGAAUGGUGUUUGUUGAUGAGAGGUAUUUACAUCGGCCUUCCUCCGAUGCUUGCUAUGAAGUAUGUCUUAUAAAAAUUGUAAGAAAUGUGAUCCCUGCUGAAAUAUGUAAACUGUAGUUAAUGAUAAUGAUACUUUGGGGUUAUCACA